AAAUGUUUGUUCGCAGUUUCAUGUUGAGGUGCAGUGACAGCGUUAGUGAGUUUUCUGUGAGUCUCUCGCGCAUCUCCUCUCCUCUCCUCUCUUUUCCUCUCCUCUCUUCAGCUCAGCGCUCUCACACUGAGGGAGGGAGCUGUAGGUAACGAAGCCUCUGCUCACAGGUUUUCCUUAAAGCGCGGAACACUGUCCCUGGAGCAGUUCUGGGACCGAAUAAACCCGCUGUCCAGUCCGUGUUCCUGAACACUUUUAAACCCUCAGCCUGCUGGAUCAGCCGGAACCUGCUGACACCUGACGGCGCGAGGCUGAAGCUAACCUAUUGAUUUUAACACCACCGCAGACACGUGGACUAGUUCAGACUGGAAUAAACACGUUUUUAUGUGAUAUGUAAGUGAAUGAAGUGGUGUGGGGGGCUCUUGGUGAGUAGUUCAGUGCUCUGUGCUGGUCUGGAGUCUGGGAGGGGGCGGUGGUGGUGCUGGUUGUGAGGGCUGUGAGUCCCAGAGGAGCGGGCUGGCCGACAGAGGAGUUUAACACGGCGCGCUGGAUGAAGGUUUGAGAGGCUGUCGACCCCCCGCCACUUCCACCGGCCGGAGGGAACCGUACAUGGAGUUUUUAACCUGGACCCGCUAGGAUGGACGUGGUCGAUGAAACGGAAGCCUUACAGAGAUUUUUUGAAGGUCAUGAUAUUAACAGCUCUUUGGAGGCAGCAAACAUUGACACCAGUAUCCUGGAGGAGUACAUCAGCAAAGAGGACGACAGCACAGAUAUCUGUUUUUCAGAGGUCCACAGCAACCCAGGGCCCAACUACUCCUCCCCCCAGGCCGGAGCAUCCUCAUCUGGGGGGGUAGUGUGUGGUGUAAGCCCCCCCAUUGCCCAGCGCCAAAGCACAGCCCAGGCUCUGCCCCCACCUUGCCAGAACCCCUAUCCCCCUCCACCCCCACUUGGACUCCUCAGACACAACCACCCCUGCCUGGGGCAACAGCAGAGCCAGUCGCAUCAGCACCACCAGCAGGUCCCACAGCAACACAUCAAACCAGAACACUGCGUUCAUUACGCACCCGGAACAUUACCUGAGUCUCCACCAGACUCUAGCUCAGAGCCCUACUCUCCCCAGCAAGUGAAUGACUCACACAUGCUCAGGGCCAUGACGCCUGAGAACAUGUGCCAUAUGACCAGUCCACCACCACUGCCCCCUCAUGGCCACUAUCCCAGCAUGCACCGGGACAUGUACCUGAAACCAGAGCCCAUGAUUUCACAGUACCCAAUUGGUCCAGCCAGCAGUGGAGGUGGAGACAUACAACAGAGUCAGAUGCUACAUCAGCUAUUACAACAUCCACAAGGACAAGAUGGUAUUCCUGUUCACCAAGCAAAGAAGAGGAAGCACUCAGAUUCUCCUAACAGCACUCUCAAUGCUCAGAUACUCAGCGGCAUCAUUAAACAAGAACCAGGUUUGAUGCAGGAUGCUGAAAACUCAUACUUGGACCCAAACUAUCAGUGCAUAAAAUGGCAGCCACACCAACAGAACAAAUGGACUCCGCUAUGUGACGCCAGUGGCAAAGAACUCCCAAUGCCUACGUACAGGGUAGAUGCUGACAAGGGUUUUAAUUUCUCUUUGGCUGAUGAUGCAUUCGUGUGUCAGAAAAAGAACCACUUCCAGGUCACUGUAUACAUCGGCAUGCUUGGGGAUCCAAAAUACGUUAAGACCAGUGAAGGACUACAACCAAUAGAAUGCUUUUACCUGAAACUCAAUGGAGUCAAGUUGGAAGCAAUGAACCAGACCAUUAAUGUGGAGCAGUCACAGUCUGACCGCAGCAAGAGACCGUUUAAACCUGUACUGGUGACUCUGCCUCCAGAACAGGUUACUAAGGUAACAGUGGGCCGACUCCACUUUAGUGAGACCACAGCCAAUAAUAUGAGGAAGAAGGGCAAACCAAACCCUGACCAGAGGUACUUUAUGCUGGUGGUGGCUCUCCAGGCUCAAUCCCACAGUCAGAGUUAUACGGUGGCGGCGCAGGUGUCUGAGAGGAUCAUCGUCAGGGUAACCGCUGCAUCUAACCCAGGUCAGUUUGAGAGUGAUAGUGAGGUGUUGUGGCAGAGGGGUCAGCUUCCAGACUCGGUCUACCACCAUGGCCGAGUUGGCAUCAACACUGACCGACCUGAUGAGGCACUGGUAGUCCACGGCAACCUCAAGGUCAUGGGCUCUCUUGUACAUCCCUCAGACAUCCGCACCAAAGAGAAUGUGAAGGAGGUGGACACCACAGAUAACCUGAAGCGAAUUUCUCAAAUGCGAUUGGUGCAUUACCAGUACAAGCCUGAGUUUGCUGCUACUGUGGGCAUUGAUAACACCGCAGAGACCGGAGUGAUAGCUCAAGAGGUUCAGAAGAUUCUUCCAGAAGCUGUGAAGGAGGGGGGAGACGUAGUGUGUGCCAAUGGAGAGACCAUCCCUAAUUUACUGGUAGUCAAUAAGGAGCGUAUCUUUAUGGAGAAUGUGGGAGCCGUAAAAGAACUGUGCAAACUGACAGAUAAUCUGGAGACUCGUAUCGAUGAGCUUGAACGCUGGAGCCGCAAACUUGCUAAACUACGACGCCUUGACAGCAUGAAAAGCACUGUCAGCGGGGGUACAGUCAGCCAGUCAGGAAGCCAGUUUAGCAGAACAGGUAGUGGUCCAUUUAAGAAGAUAACUGUCAAAUCAGGAAGCAAGAGUGCCGUUCCAGAGCAGGGCUGCUUGAGCCACAAGUUCCUGCAGGGCACCAUUCUAGCCCUGGUCAUCAUUAUGGCCUUCAGUGUCAUCUCAAUGUCCAUUCUCUAUGUGCUAAACAUGCAUCAGCAUGGAAACGUAGCUGAGGUUGAUGGUUCUUUCUCCUCCUGUGUUCUCUACAUCUCCUGGAUGCCUUUCCUCACUGCCACUGUCACUUUCUGUCCAUCCAUGUGUUCAUGGUCUCGCUCAGCACUGGGUUCCUCUCAUAAGGCCGUUUAUUCUUCUCCCAGAUAUCCUAUGUCUACACUCUCUCCAGACACCACCUCUCCAACUUUGCCUAAUCAUCCAGCUUGCUGCCCUCCAACAACUGCUACAACCAACCAGUCGGCUACUGUCAGCUUGUUGCCAAGCACAAACCAAUCCACAUCAGAAAGUAGUCCUGCUCCCACCAUCACUACUAUAAUCAAGAAGGCAAAGUCUCGGGUUCUGGAUAAGGACAGCAGGAGCAGGAACAGGCUCAGUCACACAUCUGCCCCUCUUUUCCUCAACAAGGUCAAGAAACCCCCUCAGCCCCCUGACAUUGACACCGCAGGUGCCAGCAACCGCCUGCCUGGGGGUCAGCAACCUCUGCCUCGAAGGCAACGCAGCACAAACACAGAAGGUGGAAAUUUCCAGCCAUCUCUAAAUGAACUUUACAUUCUUGAGACUAAUCAGGAAUUGAAGACAUUGAACUGUGCUUCAUCAAACAGUUGCAGCUACACAAUAUUUUUGCACAGAAGUGAAAAUUCAUCCAUGUCCCACAUCACUCUGUACAUGAGGUCCUCUGAGGUCAUGUGGGUGAGGCGGUGUAGAGUCACUAGGGGGCGUUCAUGUGUAAACCACACAGAGACUGAAUUCUCUGAGGAGAAGAGUGCCCUAUCAAAGGGGACCACUCACAUGUGGUCAGUUCCAGUGACAUCAUUCCAGGAAGUCACCUACCAUUUCCGGGUGUCACUUUCUGGUGAGGUGGGCUGCUCUAAUGAACAGGAAAAGCAGGACAGCAGGCAGUUUUCUGAUUACUUUUUCUUCGUUCAAAGCAGGUGUACUUAAGCCUAAUUGCCUAAAACGCCAAAUGAACACAUUCUCAUUCUCAUACACACCCUUUGAACCUUUUUAAUGUUCACCCCAUUACAGCGUGCCUAAGGUCGUUUGCAAUUUUGUCAGACUGAACUUUGUCAGAAUGGUGAAUAACCUUUAUAGCUUACUGUCUUCAUUGUGUGUGUUUGAGAGAGAAAAUAGGAGCAUGUGAUCAGAUUCUUAGUGUCUGAACAAACACAGCUUUUUACCUGUAGGAGGUAUCAGACCCCAUGAAAACAUUGACUCACCCACCCAGUACUUCCAAACGCACAUACAGUCUUUCCGUAUUCUUUGUUUAUCAUCUGUUCUCUAAAGCCACCAUAGGUACUUGUGUGUAUGUAUGUGUGUGUGUGUGUGUGUAUUAGGCACUUAGGGAGUGCAUUUGUCUGCUCACUCUGCCUUCCUUUGUGUGUAUAUUGCAAGUAUCUACUGACUCUGCUUUUUCCUAUUUACUGUAAAUGAGCUACACUGACUGUGACUAGUGACACUACUACCUACACAGACCAUCUGUAGGUUACCCAUGAUAUGUAAUACUUUAAUGGAACAAGACAGUUUCACUGGAUAAAAUAAGUAAAAAUUUGUAGAAAUACAGUGCUGUGCAAAAGUCAGAGACCAGCCGUCAUUUUCAGCAUCAGGAGAGAAAACGAAAACAUUUAUCAGGAAAUUGCACAGAAGCAAUGUAUUUAGUGCACCCACCCUUUACCUUUAUUACAGAUUAUGGUUUUGUUUUUUUUCAGAAGACCUGCUUUGAAUUUUUCAAAUAAAUCUGCAGGGAUAGUUUUCCAAAACUCUGACAUUCAGUCUUAAAUGUUGAUUGGUUGCAUUUGCUCACUAUCUAUGCAAACCCAAACACAUUCAGUGAUGUUGAGGUCUGGACUCUGGGGUUGUUAGUCCAUUGUUCUAAGAACACCAGCAGCUUCUCUAUUUUAUUUGCAACUGUUCUUUUUCAUCUAUUUCCUUUUCUCAGUUACAGUUUAUUGACAGCUGCACAUUCUUUCAGACUCAUUGUGCUGAGUUGUUCUCACAGUGGAAGUCCCCAUUGUGGGACUAAUAAGGGUCACUUAAUAAGGAUGGAUAAAAACACCUGUGGAUUUUUUUAAUGUGAGCUCCUGCUUUAAUAACCUACAAUUUGGCAGAUAAAAUUUGACACCUCUGGUUUAUCUGAUGGUGACAGUUUUUAUGGUUUGCCAAGUCUAGGACAGUUAUUAGGUUGCUUUGUCUAUAUACACUUACCAGCCACUUUAUUAAGUACACCUGUUCAGUUGCUUGUUAACAGAAAUAGCUAAUCAGCCAAUCACAUGACCACAACUGAAUGCAUUUAGGCAUGUAGAGGUGGUCAAGACAACUUG